UCUCACCACCACCCAAAAUCUCCUCCUUAAAAACUCCCUUCCUUUUUUACUCUCUCUCUCUCUCUCUCUCUCUCUCUCUCAAGUCUGCUCAAGCAAUGGCUACUCUUCAGUCCCUUGCAUUUAUGUCUCCAGUCUCACAUUACUCGCGCAAAUCAUGCUCAGCCCCUGUAUCUUGGGAUGUUCACAGAUGUAUGCGCUCCUCUUUCAAUGGCCAAUCCUUGCACCUGUCUCGUUCACUGGUGGCCCCGAUACGACAGAAAUCUUCUAGGCCCGGGCCAGUUAUCAUGAUGGUCAAACCGAAGAUUCAAUUCAUUCAAGGAACCGAUGAGCAGACCAUACCAGAUGUGCGCCUAACGAAGUCCCGAGAUGGUACAAAUGGUGUAGCCACAUUCAAGUUUGACCAACCUUCUGUUUUCGAUUCAACUGGAGAAGUCGGUGAGAUCACUGGUUUUUACAUGAUUGAUGAGGAAGGGGUUUUACAAUCAGUUGAUGUAAGUGCCAAAUUUGUUAAUGGAAAGCCUGCUGGAAUUGAAGCAAGGUACGUAAUGCGGUCUCUCCGUGAGUGGGACAGAUUCAUGAGAUUUAUGGAGCGAUACUCUAACGAGAAUGGCUUGCAAUUCGUUAAAAAAUGAGGCAAUUGAUAUCCUUUUGUUUUUAUCAGCCACUCUCAUCCAUAACCUCAAUGGUUUUUGUAUAAUUUAGUCAAGCAAAACUUCAUAUGCCUGCUGUUUCAUAUGUAGAGUUUGAUACAAAUACCAUAUUUCCUACUUGGCAAUGAAUUUUUUUAUUGUUUGUGCUCA